AUGGAUUGGACCGAAAUCGUCGACCCAGGCCGGGUGGCUGGCGGCCGUUCCCUCUCAUCUGCCUCGACAGCAUCGGGAACUUUGAUUCCCACUCCCGCGUCAUCUGAGACCGGCGGCGUCAAUCCAAGCCCUGCGCGCGCUCCCAUGCCAGCUGUAGCACCUGCGGGUCCGCUACUGGUCACGACCCUGAGCCCGACCAGCUGGCGGCCGCAGUAUCCACGCAUAGGGCAGUUCGCUGUGACUCCAUCGCGGGAGGUCGUUGCUGCCGGCCCGAACGGGCUCAUCUCCUUUACGCAAAUUCUGGACCAUCCCUCGAGGCCGUGGUCCGAGCCCCGGCCUUUUCCGCCGACGACAGCAAGGCUGGACGCUUCGACUGUGACUGGGUUGACAGUGCACCGCGAGCAGGGAACGGGCGGCAUUUUGCACGUGUGCUGUGUCGCGGAUGGCGUAUUACACGCCUUCUCUCGCUCGGAAGACCCGGGAUCGUCUUUUGUUGUCGACCCCUCCCCUCCCUUCGCAGGUUCCCGGGUCAGUGGCACACCGGCUGUCGCCAGGAUCGAGACACGCUACGAUGACCGGAACUGGUGCAUUGUCGCUCCUUGUCAGUCCGGCGGCAUGCUGUUCACCUUGACCGAUUCAUCCCAAGGCGGCUUCUCCUAUGGUCCGCCAAAGCAAGGCUGGGAACCAGCCAGCCAGGUCGCUGGACAGAUAGGCAUCGUCUCCGCAGUCUCUGUUGCGGUCACCCGCAACGGAAAACGCCGUAUCUUCGGUGGUUACAGCGAUUCGACAUUCAGAAGUAUCGUGGCAGUCUGUAUUGCUAGUGGCCGAUUACACAGUGUUGAGGGGCCGCUCGAACGCCCAUCAAUGUACAGAAAAAGCAGCUGGCAGGAUCCGAAGGCCACCAGAGUUCAGCACCUGGGCGAGGUAACUGGUAAUCCCGUGCUCCUCAGGAAUUAUAAGGAUGGGAUGGACGGUAAUGUGGACCUGCUCGUGCCCUCCGCGGAGGGUGGCGUCUUUCACUUCGUACGAACGCCGACAAGCCCUGACGAAUGGCACAUGAUCGGAAGGAUCAAAUUUCCUCGCGGAGUCCCCAUAGCGUCAAGUCUGGCCUGUGCACGACUGAACAGCAAUUAUGGCCAGCCUAUAAUCUGCGCCUAUGUCCAGUGUGGAGGCCGACUCUACCUCAUCAAGACCCCUGAAGGCCCUUGCCCGUGGGUUGGAUGCCAACUAUACCCAAUCGAAGGGCCAGGACCGUUCCUGCAUUGA